AGUAGUUUCCCUUAGUUAUAACUUCCUGUUUAUAAUCCUCAGAACGAGAAUUGAUAUAAUGGCUGACACCAGCUAAUAUUAUCCUCUUCAAUGGAUUUAUAAUUGUAUUAUAAAUGAGAGAGAAGGCAAUAUUGACUGUUAUGCCUUCGCUUAGAUAAAACACAUGCUAACAGUGGAUCGUAAACAUUUGUUAAUUCCAGAAAAUGGCAAUGGAAGCCGUGCAAUGUUUCCGAAGUCAGGUCGACCUAUUUUUAAAAGGUGACAACUUGUCGCGGAAAUUCCAUGAUCUGUUUGAGUACAAAGAUGCCGAUGCAUCAAAAAAAAAAUUGGAGAAGAAAAAGACCAAAAAGAAAAAAACCAAAUCUAAAGACAAGAAGCAAAAGGUUGAGCGUGAAAAGAGUCCAGAAGUCAAUGAAACCCAGCAGUCAGUGAUCACCACACAUGGGAACUCUUCACUGUUCACAGUCUAUUCCAAAGUCAGGCAGGCUGUGUUCACACAGGCCAUCCGUGAGGCCACCCGCCUAUACCACCUGGCCAACACGGCCACAGAUUCAGACAGUGACAGCGAUGAGGAUGGGGAAGAAAAGGGGAAAGAACAACAAAUUAAAAUACCAAAGAUUGUUGGACUGGGACUUAAUGGUGUGUUUGAGCUUGUUCGAGAAACACGCAGCCAGUACCCUGAGCUCUGUGUCAAGGCCUUGCGGUCUCUGCUGGACAUGUUGCAGGGGCAGCAACCAGAGGGCAUGAAGAAAGAACCUCCAGAUGUUGUUGAAAACUUGUUUUCACUGCUGAUGGAUUUGGCCAUAAACACAGAAGAUGGUGACAUGACAAAAGGAGGGCUCUCAAUGAGCUCUCUGGCCUGCUCAGCCCUCAUCAGUCUCACAAUAGCCCUUGGUGACACAGAGAAGCUCAUCAGAGCUGUCAGCAUAAUGCUCAUGUCCAGGUCAGGCCUGGAGCUACAGGACAUUCAGGUACCUGGCAUCCUAGCUUCCUUACAAAAGAGUGUUCAAGCCAUUUUAUUAGGCAAAGCACAGUUGCCAGAUUGGUUUAAUAAUGGUGUCAAAACAAAAUGCCAGUCACAGAUCUUUAAACUAGCCAAUGCUAAAGUUGGUGAAUGCCUUGUUGAAAACUCAGCCAUUGCCAGUGAUGGGCGAUUCUUGUACAUUUUAAAUAAAUAUGGUCUCUACAAAGUUGGCUCUGGCUAUGGGGGUACAAUAAAGGGAAAAUUAGAGAGCCAAAAACGAGAUUUUCCUGUACACAAAAACACUUUCCUGGCAUUCGCUGCUGGAAAGCUGUUGUGUAAAUGGGAUAGAGGAACCACCCCAAGCUUGUGUGUUAUCAACAGAACAACCCUGGCUCCAGAAAAUACAUUUGGCAUGGAUGGUCCUUUUGUCCCAUUCCCAGGUAACAGCUCAACACACAGUUUGCUCUUCAGUGAUGGAGAACACAUUGGCUACAUUGCACCAGCCAAAGAGGAGGAUAGUUUUGUGAUCCGCACAUUUAGCCCAGUCAGCAACCCACCAAUGUCACAAGUGAAUGAAGUUCCCCUGAAGCUAACAAGGAAAUGUAUGGAUGUGAUGGGAUCUACACCUUUCGAUUUUACCUAUGAAAAGCGGACAAUUGCAACUGGAUUUGAUGAAGAUGCACUUGUGAUUGUUUCUGGGAAAGAAUUUUCUCUGAUUAAAACAGUAACUGGCAAGGUCUUGUAUCAAGGCAAAGCUGUUUCGUUAGGCAUUAAACAAUCUAAUCAGUCACAGAGCAAAUGGGCUGAGCUGGCCAUCACAAAGUCACCAAAAAUGAACCAUAUUGCCCUGGGCCAUGAUGGCCUGCAUGCGCUGCUGGUUGCAGAAGAUGGGAGUGUGUAUUUUGUUGGCACGGCCAGAAGGGGCGAGGAUGGAGAUGCCAGUGCUGGCAAGGUCAGGAGACAGCCCAAACCAACCAAGCCCAAAAAGAUGGUCCGUCUUGAGUCCAAGUUUGUUGUGACAGCAUCCUGCAACAGUGGCACCAGUGCUUUAGUCACCAAAGAGGGAGAGCUCUACAUGUUUGGUAAAGACACCAACCACUCAGAUCAUGCUACUGGUCUGGUAACAGAGCUAAGAGAUGUCCACGUGGCCCAGGUCUGCCUCGGCAAGGCCCAUGCUGUUGUACUCACCACCAAAGGCCAGGUCUACACAUUUGGCAUCAACAACAAGGGCCAGUGUGGCAGGGAUUUCAGCUCACACGGAGCCACAAAAGACAAAUGGAUGUCCCACAUGUAUGGGGUGAGCAAGCGGAGGAGUAUGGGAGACAUUACAAUAGAUGAUGAUGAUGCUCAAAGUGAUUUGAGUCACAAUAUAACCAUGGCAGAGGAUGAAGAGGAGACAGAGCUAGAUGAUAACCUUUGCCCUCCAGGCAAACACAAAUGGGUGCAGGAGGUGUGCAUGAUCUGCUCAAUCUGUAAAGAGUGUACAGGCUAUGGUGUGAGCUGUGUCAACAGUGGACGCAAAGACAGGAACCCUGGAAUGCCCUGUGGAUGUGGUGCAGGUGACUCUGGUUGCUCUGAAUGUGGUGCCUGCCGUGUUUGCGCUGAGGAGAAGAUGGGCAUUAAUGAGCUUGAUGAGCGUGGGCUUCUGGAUGUCAUGCAACCCAGCAGGCUUAAGGAUGUUCUGGGAAAGAAAAAUGACAAGAUACAACUUCGACAAGCCCAGAAACUUGCCAGAGAGAAAAAGAACAGAGAGGGAUCCAAUGAAGCAGAAGCUGAAGUGACCAAGCUGGUCAGUCUCCCUCCUGCUGAGACAAUCAUUGAGGCUAGCAGUCCAGCAGUGCAGGUGGCAGUUGGUCUACACCACACACUUGUUCUACUACAAAAUGGAGAUGUUUAUGCCUUUGGCAGCAACAACAAUGGUCAACUAGGCCUGGGUGACACCAAAAUUAGAGGUCGUCCAACCAAAGUUCCCCUUCCUUCACCCGUAACUAUGGUAGCAGCAGGAAGUCACCACUCUGUUUUCCUUUUGUCCAAUGGCCAGAUCCUCACCUGUGGAGACCAUCAGAAAGGUGCUUUAGGUAGAAAUGGUCUGGAUGAGUCACCUGUGAAAAGCAAGAAUGGGCCGUGGUUCAGCAUUCCAGGUCCCGUCCCAGGUGUUGGUGCCAAGUAUGGCCGCAGGGCUACCUGGAUAGGUGCCAGUGGAGACCAGACUAUGAUGAGGAUAGACGAGUCUCUUAUCAAUGCUCACACCCUCAGUAGAUCAAAUAUCUUUGCCAGCAAGACUUGUAUAGGACUUAUCCCCAGGGGAGAAGACAAUGUGGGGCUGAUCAAAUGUCUGAUGAUCAGCAAAACAGAUGGCAACUGUAAGAGAAGGUUUUAUUUUUUCCGUUAUCGCAGCUUUACAGGGGAGGAGCAGGAGAACCUUAGCAACCAGGCUGUUUGUCUGGACCCCGUCUACGAUGUCCUAUGGGGGUACAAUCCCCGUACUCAAGAGAUCAGGUGCUACAAUGUUAUGAUUGGUGAGUCCCAGGACCUGAGAAAGGUGGACCCUGGCUACUGUGACAUCUUCUGUCCAGAGCUGGCUGUGCCCACACGCAUUGGAUGUCAGGCCACUCGCUCACAUUGUGCACUGCAUAUUUUGGGUUGUCUGGACACCUUGACCGUAGCCAAUCAUUUGAAGCUGCAUGUGGCUGAGGAGUCCAGAGAAAAGACAACAAUCAACAAGGUUUACAGUAAAGAGGAUUACACAGUAGUCAACAGAUUUGAGAGCCAUGGUGGAGGCUGGGGGUAUUCUGGCCACUCAGUUGAGGCCAUUAGAUUCAUGUGUGACACAGAUGUCCUAUUGGGAGGAUUUGGUCUGUUUGGGGGAAGGGGAGGCUACCUAGGUAGAAUCAAGCUUUAUGAGCUUGGUCUGGAAGGGGGAGAUAAUGAAGGGGAUGGAGAGCUUAUUGUUGAAACAGAGGAAACACAGUUUGUUUGUGGUGCAAGGGAAAAAUAUGCCAUGCUGUUUGAUGAGCCAGUUCCAAUCCAGGCUAACUUUUGGUAUGUGGCCUGGGCCAGGAUAUCAGGGCCAAGUUCUGAUUGUGGGGCCAACGGCUUGUCCACAGUACACACAGAUGACUCGGUGAUGUUUAAGUUUAAAAGCUCAAGAAAGUCAAACAAUGGAACAGAUGUCAAUGCUGGGCAGAUACCACAACUCUUGUACAAACUCCCGCCCAGAGAUAGCCCAACAGUGACAAGAAAGUCCGACCUAGUGGACACUGCCCACAUCCUCAGUACAGAGUUCUCACACACAGUAACACAGCAUAGUUUGGAUGCCCUACUCAAGCUGCUGGAGUACAGCUGGUCUGCCCUUCAUGCCACAGUCCCCACCUCAUCGGGCUUCAAGGGAGAGCAGGACGAGGUCCUGUCUGACCUACAGAGGAUUGUCUUCAUCUCCAGAGCUUGUCUGAGGCUUCUUAGGACUUAUGUGGCUGAUGUGUACCCAGAUGGAGCAGUGAUGAAAAAGAAGACACCACCAGAGUCCACCCAGCUGGCCGAGAGGGUAGGAGAUGCCCGCGACCUCCUGCGGCGGAUCCUGGCGGAGGAUCUCCACGUGGCCAAGUUCCGUGCCACCCUGACCGAGCACCAGGGCAUGAAGCAGUACAGGCAGAUGAGGGAGGAUGUGCUGAACGAGUGCCACGCCACCUUCAGGGCCUGCUUUCAUGCCUUCUACCCCACGGGUCACUUGAAGUGGUGGUGCCUCUGUGACCUACUGUGUCAGAUGGAGCCAAUUAUAGAGCGGCGAGUGACCUCACAACAGAACAGCCCCAAUGUGAUGGGCAUCAGCAGGCUGUUGGCUGCUGUCAUGGAGGCCAUGUGCCACCCCGCAGUCAAGCUGACGGCCAUCAUGCCCAUUAACUGCGAGCCUGAGACUGAGGCUGUGCUGAGGAGGCACAGCAUGAGCAUAGACGACAACACCAAUGCUAUGGCCAGGGUGGGGGAGAUGCACAGAUACCCCUUGCUGGCCACUCACAUGACUUGCAGAAUGGAGGAGGAUAGUCUCCCCUCUGGGUCACAUGUCACAUUCAAGGAUGUCCUUGACCGUCUGCUGAUGAUUGUGGCCAUCCCAGUGAGGCAGCUGUUAAACAAGGAGACCUCAUCUUUCCCACCCACCCUCAUCGCCAACACGUGUGCCCUGCUGACCACCAUCAUAGGAGAGCUGGCCGCCACUGCCAUGGGAUAUGAGACUGACAUCAACAUAUCGUCUCGCCCAAUGCUGGUGACACCCAACCGUUUCAUGAGGUGCAGCAACACCUCUCAGUGGAACACUGGCAAAGGUAGCCCUGAUGGCAUCGCCUUUUCUGUGGACAAGCCUGGUAUUGUCAUGGCUGGUGUUUGUGUCUAUGGUGGAUCUGGCACCUACGAGUAUGAAGUGGAAGUCUUAAAAGAGGAAGAAGUAACAGAGGGCCAGAAACAAAGUGCUAAACCUGAGUCUUGGACCAGCCUAGAGACAGUCAAGGGAACCUUCUCCCAGGAGGACUGUAUGAAUGACAUAGCUGAGAUCAAAUUUGACAGGCCCCUACCUCUAAAGGAAUCUCAAAAGUAUGCAGUACUAUUGAAAAACAAUGGCCAGAGAACAUUCCAUGGUGACAGUGGCAUCAACAAGGUGCGCUGCCCAGAUGGGACAGUUUUCACCUUCACCUCUUGUGUGCAGAGUAGUAAUGGCACCAAUAUCAUCAGGGGACAGAUACCUCAGAUUCUGUAUUACAGCACACCACAAGAAGGAGAAGCACAGACCCAAAGCAGUCGCCAUUUGAUGGAGUUACUGGCCAGGAGGAAUGCUAUAGACAUCUGUGGAGCCAUCAGUCACAUUGCUACAGAUCUGCUCCACAGGGCGCAAGCACAUGGCCAUAGCAUUGGAGAAAGUCUGGGCAUGUCACACCUGUUCUCUUCCCUGCUUCCUCUUGCCCUUGCCUAUGUUGGGCCAGUGGCUGUGCAGGAUCCAAGGGGUGCCGUCCAGGUUCUUUACCUUGUCCAAGAGAUUCUCCCAGCAGUGUCUGGUCUGACACGUCAGAUGGUACCUGCCCCACUGAGUGCCAGUGCCAACACCAGCAUGACGUCAAACUCCUUUUUCAAAGUGUCAUCUGCCCUUGACAGCAGCACCAGCAGCCUAUCCAGCCUUGCUGCAGGGGACGCAACCGCUGCCACAACAACCAGUCAGCAUUAUGCUAUUGUUGAGAGUGACCACCCUUACAAACCUGCCAACGUUGUCAAUUACAGGGUGGAGUUCCCCUCAGUUGUGAAGUGGAUGGUCAUUGAGUUUGACCCCCAGUGUGCCACCGGCCAGCCAGAGGACUCCCUGCAGCUGUACAUCCCAGCUUACAACUGCCAGAGCAGGUCCAACCAGGGCCAGGCUUGCAAGAUCAUCACCACCACCACCUCCACCUCUGACCUUGACCCCAACCUGACCUUCUGGCCUGUGCUCAAGAGGUUGUAUGGGACCACAGAAUGGCCAAAGUCAGCCGUCUUGUUGCCAGGCCAUGAAGUAAUUUUUUCACUGGAGACAGCCUCAGACUAUGUCAAAGAUGAGAAGGCAUCAUUUUAUGGCUUCAAGUGUUCCAUUGUUGGCUAUGAGUGGAGCGCUAAGCCAGAGGAGAGCAUCCUUCUGUUGGAGAGAGAACUUGCCUACUUGGGUGGUAUGUGCUGCUCAGCCUUGAUGAAGAAAGACAUUCAGCUGCCUUCAGCAACCAUGGAAGAAGUCGAUGAGGACAUGGAGAUCAUUGAAGAGGGAGCAAGGAUAGUGUUUGAGAACCACUCCAGCCUCCUGGAGAAAGGGUUUGCCCUCUCCCAGCCCCCCACCAUCUACCAGGCUCUAGAGGGCAACCUCCCACUGUGCUGGCAGUCCAAUGAGCACAGUUUCCUCAAAGACUUUGUUCUCUGCACCCCAGGCACCAGUGGUGGGAGACUGGCCAGGUGGCUCCAGCCAGAUUCCUACCUGGACCCAAAGCAGUGUGAGAUAGAGUGUAACAGAGAGGACCUCAAGUGUAGCUGGCCCACCUGUGUCACUGUCUAUACCAAGGACCAGUAUGGUCAGCUGGUCAAUGUGCCCAACCUCAAGAUGGAGGUCCGAGCCAUCCCAAUAGACCAGCAGGAAAUGGGAGAUGACCUGAAAAAAAUGAGAAAGACCAAUAGCCGUGCCAGUGAGGCUUUUGAUAUGACCUUUGGGGGUCACCCACCCCCUCUACUUGACACACCCUAUGAGCCUGUGCUGAAAGAGAAAAAAGACCUGUUUCAUUCUAUCACAAUGAUAAAGGCCUAUGAGAACUAUUCCUUUGAAGAGCUGCGCCUAGCAUCACCCGCUAUUCCUAGACCGAGUGAGAACAUGCUUGUGAGGGCCAACAAAGAUGGGACGUACACAGCCAACUGGACCCCUGGAUCUGUUGGCUACUACAACAUCAUCAUUGUCAUUGAUGGUGUACAGUCAGGUGAUGGUUUCAAGGUUGAGGUGAAGGAACCCCCACAAGGUGCUCCCCCACCUGCCUUGGUGAAAAAAACACAGCCUGCAAGAGUGAGAAGAUUUGUUGCCAAAUACAGUGCAGGUCUAAGGGUGAGAAUCAGCCCAACCUUGCAGAGUGAGCAAAUUGGAGUUGUUCCCCCAAACUGUAUGAUCUCUUAUGUAGAUGAGACAACCAAUGAUGAUGGUAUGUGGCUAAGACUCUCCAGAGCGUCCCUAGCUGAGUACUGCAUACCAGACGAUGGCGGCAAUGGGCGGCUGGAGGGCUGGUGUCUCCAGUACAACCAGCACCUGGGGAAGACCCUCCUGGUGCCUGUGGAGGUGCCGAAGCCAGUGCUGCCCCCACGCAACCCCAGGCACCACCCAGCCGGGGCAGCGGCGGCCGGGGCAGAGAUGGGCAGGAGGGAGAGGAGGUUUAACAGUCAGGCAGGAGGGGCGAGUCUUUUCAUGGGGCUCAGUGCCUUAAACAAAGGGCCUGGAACAUACAUGGUCAUCAAAUGUGGGUCAUCGGGUCACAACAUUAGAGCCAGGCCCAGCCUGAAGGCGCCACCUAUUGGCAUGAUCACUAAAGGGAAGAAAAUCAAGGCUGUGGAAGAUACCAUAAACAGUGAUGGGAUCUGGAUACGACUGUCUGAGGAAUCAGCAGCCAAGUAUUGCCACUCAUCCUUGGCAUCAGAGGCGUGGUCACUGGUAUCUGGGGUGGACAAAUCCCAGUACAUGCAACAUGAGUCAGAGUUUCCCUUUGGCAGCAGGGGCAGCGACCCCUUUGCCUUCAGGAGCCUGCCACCACAACAGGGGUUCCAGUUUGCCAUGAAAGCGGCUCAGUUUGCCAGCAAUUUCCCUGGGUUUUUCCCCCCUGAAGAAGCUUUUCUGUCAAAAAUUUCAGCUUUUGGUAAGAGCAAAAGUAUGCCAGCAUCAGCAUUCAAUUUUGGUGGAAUAACAGGUUUCCAACCCAAGGUACCACUGCCAAGAUUUGGAGAACCCCCACCCUCUGCUGAGGAGGAGUACCCCACACUUGGUUUCUCCCUGCCCCCACCCCCUCUCACAGUCACCAACUACAAUGACAUCAUUGAUGACCAGGAUCUGACCUUAGAUGAUGCAAUUUUGGCUGACAGGAUCCUUAGGUCAAGACAGAGAUCUGGUUCGAACCCAAACCCUUUCAUGUCAGUCCCACCACUGCCAUCACAACACCAGAGGUCCAUAUCCCUGCGGAAAGGUUCAGAGCCCUGCAUUGGACGUCUGACCCUCCAGGACAACAAGGACAUCCCUCCUGAGCUUCAAGGAGUGCCAGUCAAUGAGCUCGUUAAAGCUCUAGGAGAAUCAAGAGCCAAUGGGAAUGGCCCAACUCCACAGCCUUCACCACCUGGUUCACCUAAAACAGGUUCUAGAGAGGGGAGUCCUAAGUCUGUUGCUGACAGAGCUAGGGAAUCAUCUGCCCCUAAAGAAGAACUUUACAAAACACCACCCAGCAGCCCAGUCCCGUCUAGAAAUAUUCGGGCCCCUCUAACCAAAGUGAACUCGUUUGAAAAAUCUGCCACGCCCACCCCUCCAGCCACACCCUCGACUGAGAGAUCUGACAAGGUGGGCAGCACAAAACCCCAGGUGAAGCUCACAGACAGGAAGGCUUUAGACGCUGAAGAUCUGAAGUCCAAGCUGUCACCAGAGGUGGAGAAAACAAAAGACACGAAGUCAGACACGUCUGGCAAACCAGAAACAGAUAAAGGACACUGCCAUGUGACAUUCUCACCUGUCCUGGAGAAGGGUCCAGGCAUUUCAACACUCUCAUCCACAAAACAACCAGGUGCGGCCCCACCUAAGGCAGCUGAGGCUCCAGACAGCAAGCAGGUAGACACUGGAGAUAAGAGAGUCGUCAAGCCUGACUUGUCAGUGGCUGGCAAGAAAGACAGCCCUGCGUCAGCCAGCAUUAGUGGCCCUGCAUCAGUCAGCACUAGCAGCCCUGCGGCUGUAUCAUCUACCUCUGGAAAAAAGGACAGCCCUGCUAUCACAAGCAGCAAGAAAGACAGCCCUGUGGCGGUUGUAGCCCCAACAGUCAAGUCGUCCUCAACAACAGCAAUCAGAGAGACACCAGAAAACAGUACCGCUGGAGUGGGCUUGUCUGGUGGGCUUCCAGUGGGUGGAGCUAGAUCCCGCUACAAAUCCCCACCUUUUAGAAAUGACAGUUCCUCCCCUGCCAUUGAUGUUGUUGAUAUUGGCAUUGUUGGUGCAAGUGGUGGCAGUGGUGGCCCAGCACUGGUUGGGGCAUCAGCAGCUGCUGCAGCUAGUGGCAGCUCUAGAAAAUCUGGCAUGUUUACCAUUGGUACUGCCUCGCCCAAAGAUGAGCAAAGACUAUCUCCCAAAACUGCACGGAAAGAUCGUAGUCGCUUGAGCCGGGCAAAGCGUGAGCGUGCAUCCUCCCCUUCACUACAGGAGAUCACACCCCUACAGCGCAGCCGCUCUUCUUCAGCUUCUAAGAUAUUAGAUCGUCGAGGUGUGACUGUUAAAGAGGCCCUAUCACCAGCAGCUGCAGAGUGUUUGAGGGCAGUGUUUGCUGCCUUCAUGUGGCACGAGGGCAUUGUUCAUGAUGCCAUGGCAUGUGCCUCCUUCCUAAAAUUCCAUCCAGAUCUUACUAAAGAGAUGUCAAAGUUUAUUAAGGAGAAAAAACACCAGUCUAGUGUGGAACCAAAGAGACAGCGCCACGCGACAGAGUCAAGCAAGGACAAGUCCCACAGGAGGAAGGACAACAUCAAUGAGAGCAGGGUGCGCUUCAACCUUGAACCCCAGUACUCUGAUGCUGACAAAGAUUACCCAGAUGAUGGCAGGCCGAGGUCAGCCUCGUCUAGAGCCAGUGUAAGCACCAACAUGGAAGUGCCUUUGAAGUCUCUCAUCUGUGAGACCAAAUCAGACGCAGCUGUAGACAGCAUCUACGGUUAUGGUGGAGCCAUCAAGAAGCAAGUGGAGAGACACAAGUCUGAGGGAGGGACAGCCAAGUUUCAGGAGGUGAUUGCCACAAUGGCUGCCAGCCAUAACAAAGGAGAGAAGGAAACACAGCUUCCAAAAACACUUCAACACCUGGUCCAUUUCUGGGAGGAGCUGUCUGAGUCAGUCAUUGUUGUCAUGAACAAGGAAACUGUCCCACCUAGUCCGGCAAUGGCCGCCAGGAUAAAGCAGCAUGAGAGAAGGGAGAAGGACAAAGACAAGGAGAAGAAGAUGAAGAAGAGGAAAGGUGCCAAGCCUGUACCACUGCCCAUAAUGGAAGGGGCUGGAGUCAAUGUCAUUUAUAAUCUGAUCCCAGCUGGUCUGGGAAACAUUGCUGUCAGAGCUCAGGGCUUGUUCGGGGAGGCUGUGGUUCGGAUGUUCCGUCCUCCAGGUGGAGGGGGCGGGGACAUAGGAGCCGCAGCCGCCGCAGCUGCUGUGAUUGGAGGAGAGGACACGUUCUGUGAGCUGUGUCAGGGUAUGUUUCCUCACCCUGUCACCUAUCACAUGCGCCAGGCACACCCGGGUUGUGGCAAACAUGCCAGCGGCAAGGGCUACAACUCCAGCGGGAUGUUUGGCGGCGGCUGGGCCGGCAACUGCGGAGAAGGAGGCAUCGGCGAGUGCUCCUGGUACCUGAUGUGUGAGCGCUGCCGGGACAAGUACAUCAAGGACAGGAAGUCAAACAAGGACAAAGGACGCAAGGGGAAGAAGAAGAGCUCCUUCUCCAGCGCGAGCAAGCAGCAGAGCUUCUUGUCUCCCUUGGAGGCUCACCACAUCCUCAAGAACAAUGCUCAAUUCUUGCUAGAGCUGGCCAGCGCCUCUGGUCUCAGCCUGCCCAAGCACACAAAGACUCGCCCGUUGUCGCUUCCCAGAAGCGACAUUCACUUGCCGAGUGUCAGUGAAAUCGGGUCCGACCCAGACCCGUUCCCCCCUGUGCCAUUCCAGUAUUUAAAUCUCCACAACGCAGGGAACUCAGACUCUGCCUUUGCUGAGGAUUUUUUUGUUGAUGAGGAGAGGGUGUUUGUCAGGUCUGGCUCCAUGAGCAUUACCUCACACCACAAGUCCAACUUGCCGCUGCAGAGGCCGCGCCUGCCCACUGAACCCAGGCACAGUCCGCUGGCCAGGUCAGGGUCACUGGGGCAAGAUACCAGACCAUUUUCACAGCUGUUGCCAGUAUUAAAACAUGAGAACACCAGGGCUAUGCUAGAGAAGCAGCCAAUGACUAAAAGCGCAGGGACUAGUCCAGAGAAUGAGCAGGACACCCACAAAAAGGCCUUCCAUCGGAGUGUGUCUGAGUAUGUGACGGAGAAUGAAACGGACGAAAAUGAUUUCAUUUUCUCCAGGGCUGUGUCUGUGUCGUCUAGGAGGAGAAAUAACAGCGGCAGUGUCACAGACGGAGGCAUAUCCCUAUUGAAGCACCCAUCAGCUGCCAUGACUAGGCUGAUAUCAGCUGUAGAGAAAAGGAAUGGCGGCCGCACACAACAGAGGCCUGUGAUGGAGUUCAUAGUUCAACGCCAUGACCUGGAGGGGCUGCAGCUAGCCAUGAAGCAAGCACUGAGGAAAGCCAUGUGUCGAGUGUUUGCUCUACAGGCGAUGAACUGGCUGUUGCGCAGUGUGGUGCAGCAGGUUUGUUUACAUGACCUGCUCUGGUUCUUUGUUGACUCCCUGGUCCCUCCCACUGACGAGGAGGCUGAAGGUGCUGAGGAGGAGGGGGAGGAGGGCAAGGUCAAGGUGGUCAAGAAGGACCUGGAGGAUGUACCACUGUGUGACCAUCCCUUGUCUGACAUCAUUGUGGCUGGUAGAGCAGCUGCCCAGCUGCCAGAGACCUUCCACAACCUGCUGCAGACCAUCAGUGAUGUCAUGAUGUUGCUGCCCAUGGGAUCUGCCCUUCAGCAAAUGGCAGUGCGGUGCUACUGCCUCCAGUUCAUGCAGUCAGACCACCAGUUUCUUCACGAAUCUCACGUCUUCAGUAAUCUCAGCCGCAUCCUCAGCAAGUCAGAGGAGGAGCCCGAGGAGGGUGUACUAGACUCCUCAAUGAUAAGAAGAGCCAUGUCUGUUUGUGACUCGGUCUCACACAAAGUCCUGUGUCUGAAGGACUUGACCCAUAUGGCUGACCUAAAGGCAUCCAGUAGACAGGCUAUGAUAGGAAGUUUAACAGACAAUUCAACCGAGACAUUCUGGGAGAGUGGAGAUGAGGACAGGAACAAGAUGAAAGUCCUGACCAUAACUUGCUCAAGUAAAACAGUUCCAUAUGUGGUCUACGUUCAUGUUGACAACAUCAGGGAUAUUGGGAAUAAAGUCUCCAGUGUGACCUUCAAUGCUGGCACAUCUGCUGAUGACCUCAAGAAAAUCAAACACGUAGAGAUAGAUGUCCGACAUUGCGGAUGGAUUAACUGCCAACUUCCAACAUCCACCAAUGCUCCAGCACGUCACCUGACACUUGAGCUCAAGGGAGCUGACCAGAGCCUGCGUCUAAGGCAGCUUAAGAUCCUGGGCUCUAUAGACAAUGAAGAGACAGAGCUGGAGGUGAAGAAAGGAGCAGCUCAGAUCCAGCAGGACAACUGUGAGGCUGAGACUCUCAAAGUCUUUAGAAUUCUCACCUCUCAGGUGUUUGGUAAACUUGUGACAAGUCCUGAAGACAGUGAAACAGAGGAGGACAAGCGUGAGGACAAGGCUGACGGGGACAACGACCUCAAGGAGCACAUGGUCAGCAUUCUAUUCAGUCGCAGCAAGCUAUCGCAUAUGCAGAAACAGGUGUGCAACCACAUAGUCCAGGGCAUAAAGAAAGAGGCCUGCAAGAUGAAAGAAGAGUGGGCGCAUGCCCUGUUGCAGCCUGCCGCCACUGAGGAAAUCCACGGGUCUGAUGUCUACUGCUUCGAGCUGGUCUCCAUGGUGGUGGCCCUCAGCGGCUCCAGCGUGGGCAGGAAGUACCUGGCUCAACAACAGGACUUGAUCUAUGACCUGUUUAGUUUGUUACACACUUCCACACCUAGGAUUCAAAGACAGAUCACUAUAAUCUUCCGAAGAGUUUUACCUUGGGUGAAGCCCCAGGUUCUGGCACCUAUCCUGUCCAUCCCCUGCCUGCCCCCACCUGACUACAACAUUGUCGGGGAGUCCGAGGGGGACUCUGACUUUGACCCGGACGUGCCUGGGAUCCUGGAUGUUUUCCUGGCCUGUGUGGCCAAGUCCCUGAAUGUUCAGAUGAAGAUAAAAAGUUCCGGGCCGUCCAAGGUGUGCACCACACUGACCAUGUCCCAGUGUCUUGAGGACUCGGCCAAAUCUGCCCGCUGGUGGAUGAGAGGUAAAAUGGACACAGGUCUGGCUGCAAGCAUCAUGGAACUGGUCAAGGAUAUGGCUGCUGGAAAGUUAUCUGAAGCCUGGGCUAUCAACACAAAAGCUGCCAUAGCUGAAGCAAUCUUGAAUAUGACAAAACUCAAUGAGAGCCACAGGGAUCCUCAAGUUUGUGUUAAAACUCCUACGUUGUGGCUGGCCCUGGCUUCAUUGUGUGUACUGGACCAAGAUCAUGUGGACAGGCUGUCCUCUGGAGAGUGGGUGUCCAGUCCUGACCAUCAACACGGACAACCAAGGCCAACCUGUGACAACCAUGAUGACAGUGUCACCCCUGCUGUCAUCUUGUGCACUGACUGUGGCAACUUGUGUGCUGAGUGUGACCGGUACCUCCACCUGCCCAGGCGCAUGCGGGGACACCAGAGACAGGUGUUCAAAGAAGAGGAGGAAGCUAUUAAAGUGGACCUGCAUGAAGGGUGUGGCCGCAUCAAGCUGUUUUGGAUUAUGUCCCUUGUUGAUUCUAGGACAUUCAAAGCUUUGGUGGAAUUCAGAGAAGGUAAAGCUUCCAAUGCCACUGUUGGGCCUGGUACCUGCCGCUUCUGUGGACGGACCAGUAACACAGGUUUACUGGCCAUAGGCAACGUCUGCUCUGAUCCUGACUGUCAGGAGUUCUCUAAAAAUGCUUGCACCAAAAUUCUUCCAUGUGGCCACCUGUGUGGAGGUAUAGCUGGGGAGGAUCCUUGCCUCCCUUGUCUACACAGGUGCCGUCCUGCUGACCAGGAGCAGCUGAAGCAGGAUGCUGAUGACAUGUGCAUGAUCUGCUUCACUGAGGCCCUGUCUGCAGCUCCUGCCAUUAGGCUCUCCUGUUCCCAUCUGUUCCACCUGCACUGCACCAAGAUCAUACUCAGCAAGCGCUACAUUGGUGCCCGCAUCACCUUUGGGUUCUCACUCUGUCCUAUCUGCAAGACUACAAUAGAUCACACAGCAUUGAAAGUUCUGCUGGAGCCUAUCAGAGCUUUGAAAGAAGAUGUGAAACGUAAAGCAUUGAUGAGGCUGGAGUACGAGGGCUUGGACAAGGCCGAGGCUAUAACCACACCUGGUGCCAGGUUUUACCAAGACCCAGCAGGUUUUGCCAUGGACAGAUAUGCUUAUUAUGUCUGCUUUAAAUGUAACAAGGCAUAUUAUGGUGGUGAGGCCCGGUGUGAUGAAGCCAUUGGUGGUGGUGAUGACUUUGACCCAUCUGAGCUGGUGUGUGGCGCCUGCUCUGAUGUGUCCCGGGCCCAGAUGUGUGCCAAGCACGGAGCCGACUUCCUGGAGUACAAGUGUCGCUACUGCUGCUCUGUGGCUGUGUUCUUCUGCUUUGGCACAACACACUUUUGUAACCCCUGCCAUGAAGAGUUCCAGAGAGUGACAGCCAUCCCUAAAAAGGACUUGCCACAUUGCCCAGCUGGUCCGAAAGGAUUACAGAUGGAAGGUGAAGAAUGUCCCCUGCAUGUGGUGCACCCCCCUACAGGAGAGGAGUUUGCUUUGGGGUGUGGAGUAUGCAGAAACGCACACACAUUUUAAAAUCCCUGUGCAACAUCGACAUUAACAUUUCCUGUCAAAACAUACGGAAGGAUCAUGGGAAAUUUUAGUUUGUGCUGGUAAAUGACAUUUAUGAAUGGAGUAAGAGACAAACUACCUACAUGACGAGGAUUAAGAAAAAUGAAUGAAUCCAGAGAACAUACAGACUCGACGGACAACUCAUGAUAAAAUAACCAGCCAGUAAGACAAGCCCAGACAGUCCAAACAAACUGGUGUUGAUAUCUGAUACCAUCCAGUGAUUUUAAAAUUGUACACAGAUUUACCAGACCUGUAAACAUUUUUAACUUCCAUACUGGUGAGUCAUAUAAAUAAAAGGCGUGGAUAACUUCCGUUCCCAUCGUUGGGGUCAUUUUUUUUGUAUUUAAAUCUAAAUCAUGCUCAUUUAAUCCGACUUGCCUCGUUUUUUUUUAUUGGUUUCAACUUAAAUUUCUGUUCAUUAUCUCUUUAAAUAUUGUUUAGUUCUAUGUUUUGAGCUUUGCAUUUAGAUCAGCCAGAAGCUAGAACUCAUAGUGAGUCAAGAGAGUUAAGUGUGUUCACUUCAACACAGUUCACUUGUUUUUCCAAACAUGUCAGAUUUUUGUCUAUUUUUUUUUUGAGGUGAAAUUAUGCAUUGUGUGUUCACCAUGCAAAAUAUUAUUUUUUGUAUCAUACCCUCAAUGUAUUUUGUAAAGGGGAGUUGUUUGUAAAUAUACAGUAAAAGAUAUUCUGUUUUUGGCUUAUUUGCGGAUAUAAUUUCCUUUUUUUUUUUUGGUUUACCAUUUCAUAAUUCUUGCCAGGAUGUAUUUUACAAGUUGGUGUUAAAAUCCUUGCAUCUAUAAUCAUAAUUGUUGUUAAACCUUGCUGGUUAAUAUUUUGUUUAUUCUUAUUCCAUUGGAGAUUUUUUUUU